AGUUGAGCAGGGGUUGGAGCCCGGGCAGCGGGCUGGGCGGGACUGGCAAGUUUCCCUCCGGAGUUCGUAGGUCUGGACCCCCCACGGCGGUCGCGCCGGUGCCUUCGGCCGAGGACGGGAUGGAUCCGCCCUCCGUGAACCUGAAGCUGAUCAUCCUGGUUCACUGGCUGCUGACGACCUGGGGCUGCCUCAUGUUCGGGGGCCCCUAUGCCUGGGCCAACUUCACCGCCCUGGCCUUGGGCGUUUGGGCCGUGGCUCAGAAGGAUUCCAUCGACGCUAUAAGCAUGUUUCUGGGUGGCUUGGUGGUCACCAUCCUCCUGGACAUCAUCCACAUCAGCAUCUUCUACCCGCGGGCCGGCCUCUUGGACGUAGGGCGCUUCGGCGCCGGCAUGGCCAUCCUCAGCCUGCUCCUCAAGCCCUUCUCCUGCUUCAUGCUCUACAACAUGUACCUGCAGCGCGGGGGCGAGGCCCCGUUCGGCUCCAGGGAGCACUAUCCAGGUUUUGGAAGCACAUCUCAGCGCAGUGCCUACCAGACGAUUGACUCACCAGAGGCCCCCACAGACUUUUAUGCAGGCGCGGAGAACAAGGGUCACACCUCCCAAGGGUACUGAAGCCAGCCCUGCUGCCCUGGCCGCAGCUCCGGCGCCAGAAUCACAAACUGUAGGGGAGGUUGGUCAGCAGGGACUUCCUUGUGCCCUGGACACCGAUCUACGGCUGCCCCUGACCCCCCCCUCUCUUGGACCUAAUGUGGAACGUGUCCUAGUCCCCAUCUCAGGUGUUGCCGGAAUGGCUCUGUGCACACAGCUGUCCCAGGCUCCCCGAGACUCCCCACCCACUUCCAAGUACCUCACUGGUCCCAGGCUGGGAACUGUGGUCACUUUCCUCACCUCCACUCCUAGCUGCUCCGUGCCGGCCCCAGGCCAAGUCACUCCUGAGCCGGGGAGAGUCCAGCCUCUAAGGGCCAGUGACGCCCCCGCCCUGGGCCUCCCCGCAGUUGUCGAGCCCCCCCACCCCCCGCCCCCGGCAGAAGGAGGUCUGUGGUAUAGGGCGAGGUGCUGUGCUUCUCACUACCUGAUCACUUACUCCUGGGAACCCCCGGGCUGGAGGCAGGCGGUGUCGACUAAACGUGAGACCCACAACAGCCCCCAGCUUCUCUUCUCAGAGGCAUGGCAUUAAAGUUUGGGGAAUUCUGUAGCUGGAUGUGUGUGGAGCCAUGUUUAAUACCCCAGCAGGGCUGGCGCCUGGAGCUGCCAUUCCCAGGAAGGUUUCUGCUGCGAACCCACAGGGUACCUGGAACGAGCAGCCUGUUCUGCUGCGACAGGAGAAGGCAGGGGCUCACGACCAGGGGCCUGUGUUCAGUGUGGCAGAUGGAUGUCUGCGUCUCUGAAUCAGUGGACUCAGGUGAUGGUUUGAGUCUUGCUCUGCCAUUGCUUGGCUGUGUGCCCUUGAGCCACUUAGCCUCUCUGGAUGGGGACUGACACCUGCCAGAGGGCGAUGAUUCAAAUGAAAUGUGAAGCACCUGGCCCCCAUAGGGGCUCCUGAGAUAGCAACUAAGUUGUUGGUGGGGUUGCUCCUCCAGCCUGUGAUGGUGUUGGGUCAGGCGACAGGUGACCGCUUCCUGGCUGACCCUGGGUCUUGGCCUCAGAGCUGACCAGAACUGAUACUGUCCAGAAGCUCUGAGGGUCCUUUGGCCAGGGCCCCGCCCCACUGACUGGGAUGGACAUUGACUACUGGGCCCCGGGUGUCUGGCCCAUCCUGGCUUGUCCCCAGUACAAAGAGGUCAAGGCCUGGUGCCCAGCCCCCACACUUCAUGGCCUCAUACUGGAACUUUGUUCACUCACUGCUGUCCUUUCAGCACCUGGGACAGUGCCCGCACCCAGUAAGUGCUUUAUGAUAGGGGUAGGAUGAAUGGAUGAAGAAAAACUGCAAGACGCCAAACACAAACAUCGAGAUCCCCAAGGCAGCCAGGUAGAAAAGAUAUCAUCCGGAAAGGAAUGACAACUACACCAGCAACCGAUGGCCUGCCAGCAGCCAGAAUACACGUCAGGAGACAGGAGUGUUAUCAUCAAAGUGGUGAUAAAAAUAACUCCGCCUGAAGUUUGUAAUAGUGAGUUAGCGUUCAGGGAUGAGGGUGAAAUAAAGACAUUUAGAGAAAUGACAAUGAGUUUAUCACCAACAGACCUUCAAGACAGAAACAAAGAAUCUUUGAGGAAGAAGGACAUUUUUCCAUAAGGAAGAUCUGAGAAGCAUGAAGGAAACAGUAAAUGUGGUUUAGUGUUCACGACAAUAAUAAUACAAUUCAGGGGGAGUUGACCAGAAACAGUGUUAUAAAGUCUUCGGUUUUUGGUUUGUUUACUUGUUCA